GUAAAAGAAAAGACUUUAAAAAUUAAGUUAAAUUAUGAAAUAUUUAGAAUAUAGUUUUAAGAGUUGAGAUGGUUAAAUGUUAAAUUAACCAGUUUUAAAAACAUGGUAUUGUUGCAGUGUAUCUCUGAACUUCUGUUGUUAAAAGACUUUGCUGAGUGACUUCAGUCCCUCAGAGAACCAUGGGAAGUGUGGUGCAGAGCUGCUGAGGUUACCAAGUGCCUGAGCUGGUGGCAGACGGGCUUUCGUUGGUCAUGCUGCACCUAGGUUAAGAUUUCAGGUCAUCAGCAGCUGCCUCCUCCAUGAUGCACCUGUUGGGAAUGGGGGCUGGGGCUGUGUGUCUGUUCUGUUACUCUCUUCACACCCUGACAAGUGGUGAGCAUUCUGAAGUAUCUAAGUGCAGUACAUAUGAUUUCUGGUUGACAGCUCAAUGUAUAAUGUUUUUCAAAAGGCCAGUGAUACUUAUCAAUGAAUGUUUCCAUUUCAAACAUAUGCUGUCUUGAUAGUCUUAAGGCUUAAGCAGUUGUCUUACAGUUUUCAUUAAUUUUCAGCUUAUAUAGACCAGAUGUAUGUCGUCUUUCCUUCUUUCAUAGAAAAAUGUACUACUAUUUUUUUUUUUUUGAGACGGAGUCUCACUCUGUCGCUCAGGCUGGAGUACAGUGGUGUGAUCUUGGCUUACUGCAGCCUCCACAUCCUGAGGUUCAAGUGAUUCUCCUGCCUCAACCUCCUGAGUAGCUGGGACUACAGGCGUGUACCACCAUUCCCAGCUAAUUUUUGUAUUUUUAGUAGAGACGGGGUUUUACCGUGUUGGCCAGGCUGGUCUCGAACUCCUGACCUCAAAAGAUCCAUCUGCCUUAGCUUCCCAAAGUGAUGGAAUUAUAAGCAUGAGCCACCAUGCUCAGCCACCACUACUUUUUUUUUUGAUUUGCUCCCUUUUGGACAAAUGACCUGUGGAAUCUGGGUAGGAGACACAGAGAGUGAAAGCGUUCCUUCAGUGGAAGAAGAGUCCAGUCCCUGGGGGUCCGCAUGAGUGUGCCUUCCUCACGGAGAGCCGCACAGUCUGCUCUGAAGGGGUCUGUCCUGGCCCGGGUAGGAUCCACCCUCUCACCAGAGCACUCCAGAUGAAGAGGGAGCAAUGGAAGAGGAGGCGCUAAAUCCUUGUUUCCUGGACAGGCACAGUCAGCCUCUCCUGUUUACCUGUUAGUGAAGGCAUGCUGAGGGACAUUUUUUGAUUCUCUUUCACAUAGACUUCAUAAUAGGGUGGACUUGAGGAAUGAGAGCAACUUUAUAUGUAAUAUAAACACAAGAUUACUAGAUAAAUGAAUACAUUUUGAACCUCCUAAAUUAGUAAGAUUGAAAGAGACAUUGGAGCUGAGCAUGGGUGAAACGGUAACACUGUGGCCCUCAUCCCGCAGCCUGUGGCAAGGUGAGCUUCCCCCCGUUAGUGUGCAUGCAUGCCUGUGUUGCCUUUUUGGAGGGUCACUGAGAACAUGUAUCAAAGACCUGAAAAAUGGAUUCAGCAUUUCACUUGAGGAAUUUAUCCUAAAGAAAUAAUGAUUGAUCAAAAGUCUGAAGAAUGUCCAUUAUAAAUAUUUUAAAAAGUCAAAUGUCUAACAAUAGAUUAUCGAAACUCUGCUAUGUCAUGUGUACUUGUUGGAAUACCGUGUAGCUUUAAAAAUGGUAUUUAGGAAAAGUAUUCAAUAACAUAAAAGUUGCAUAUGUUUUACUAAAAUGAAUUUUAGAAUACAUUUUAAAGGUGGCUCAAAAUAUGUCAAGGAUGAAAUCCACAGUGCUUUUAAUCAACCAGUAUUGAGCUCCUUCAUGCCCAGUCCUGGUCUAGGUAAUGUUGAUACACCAGUGAACAAGUCAAACAAAAUCUUGUUCUAAUAGAACUAAAAUUCUGGGAGAGAGGGCAGGACAUACAUUCCUAAUGCCGCAUAGCCAACCAUCAGGCUGUGAAGAAAAUGUAAAGCAGGAAAAGCGAGUAGAGGAUGAAGAGCGUGUUCUGUGUGAGAUGGCCAAGGAAGCCUCUCCUGUGAGGUCACAUUGCAGUGACAUCUUAGCAGUAAAACAGUCAUACAGAUAUGGAACAGGGAAGAGUGUUGCAGGUAGAAUAGCAGUUGCAGGAGGUCUUGGUCUGUGCUGAUCAUGUUCCAGGGUAUGAGGAGGUCAUCCAGAGGGCGGGUGUGGAUGAGAAGACAGUAAUUGGAAAGGAGAUCAGAGGGCCUGGGGUCAGCUCUUCCAGGACUUUGAGAUUUCAUCCUGGGUGGAAAAGGAGGUCACGUGUUUGUGUAUGUAUUGCAUAUAUUCACACACAGAAGAAACCCUGUGAUGUGUAUACAGCAGAGUUUGGAAAGUUGGUAUUAGCUGGGUAACUAUGGAGGGGAUAUAGAUAACCAUUUCUUAUCUUUUCUUUCCUUCCACCACAUUAGCAGUAGCCCGUUCUGAGUGUGAGGCUGUAAUUCCUUUGUAUCUCUUAAAAAUUUUAUUGGGUAUAUAUUUAUCAUUAAAACAAUAUUCAAUGUUUUGUAUGCUUUAAACAUUUUUAUAAAGGUUAUCUUAAUCUGUGUGGCCUUUUGCAACGUACUUUUUUGGCUUAACAUUGGUUUACAAAAUAAAUCCCUAUCAGUACGUAUACUUCAUUUUUCACUUCGCUCAAGUAUUUCAUUGUGUAAAUAUACCGCAGCUGACGUGUCCCUUCCCUUGGGAAAGGAGACUUUGGGGUGGUUUCUCAUUUUUCACUACUACAAAUGUUGUUAUAACAAACAAUAUGAAUGUUGAUAAUCAUUAUUAUAAUGAACAAUGCAAUUGUUCAUGAUUCCUUAUGCAUUUUUGCAAAACAUUCUGCAGGCUAUGUACUCUCUAGAAGUCUCAUUUAAAAGUACUGUUGCUUGUUUUCAUUUUCUGAUAAAAGCAGUAUAGCAUUAUAGAAACUUUAGAACACAGAGAAAAUACUUGCUAAUUUUAAAACUGUCAUAUUUAUGAUUUUAAUGUACUUCUUUCUAGCUUCUUUAUUUUUCUAUUCAUAUCUUUCACAGUGUUAUUUACUGCUUAAAUAUCAUUUGCUGGCUGGGUGCUGAUACUUGGAAUCCCAGCACUUUGGGAGGCAAAGGCAGGAGGAUAGCUUGGGCUCAGGAGUUCAAGAUCAACCGGGGCAACAUGGUGAAAUUCCAUCUCUACAAAAAAAUGGAAGCAUUAGCUGUGUGAGGUGGUACCCACCUUUAGUCUCAGCUACUCAGGAGGCUGAGGUUGGAGGAUUGCUUGAGCCUGGAGGCAGAGGUUGUAGUGAGCCAAGAUCAUGCCACUGCACUCCAACCUUGGUGACAGUGAGACCCUGUCUUUAAAAAAAAAAAUUGCCUCGUGGAUUAAACUCGUUUUAACUUAAACAAUGAUGGUCUGAGAACACAAAUUCUUCUUAAAAAAAUCUAAAGCUAAAUGUAUCUAUUUAUAUUUUGCUUUGGCCUUUUUACUUAGUACCUCUGAUUUAACUAAUAAAGAAAAUGUCCUUUAGAUGGUUCUUUAUGAAGAACUUUAUUUGAUUUGUUCACAAGAUUGAUGAUCUUCGCCAUACCCACGUGAAGUGGCUCGUAGGCACACAGUUUACCAAGACAAGAAAACAUUUCUCUAUUUUUUUCUUUUCAUGUGAUUAUUUCCAGUUCUAGCUGGAAUUUUUAGUCUUUUAGCUUGAAUUUUCAUUCUCUGUUUUUUUUAAGUACUUUAUCAUUUUUUGACAUGUAUUAGCUUUAGUUAUUUUUAGAUAAGUACCUCAGUAAGUAACUACUUCAACAUUCAUAUAAAAGAUAUUGUUGGCUGGGCACGGUGGCUCAUGCCUGUAAUCCCGGCACUUUGGGAGGCCGAGGCAGGUGGAUCAUGAGGUCAAGAGAUCGAGACCAUCCUGGUCAACAUGGUGAAACCCCGUCUGUACUAAAAAUACAAAAAAUUAGCUGGGCACGGUGGUGCGUGCCUGUAAUCCCAGCUACUCAGGAGGCUGAGGCAGAAUUGCCUGAACCCAGGAGGCGGAGGUUGCGGUGAGCUGAGAUGGCGCCAUUGCACUCCAGCCUGGGGAACAAGAGCGAAACUCCGUCUCAAAAAAAAAAAAAAAAAAAAGAUACUGUUAUUCUAGUAUGUUUGUGUUUUAAGUUUUUGGAGAAGUGAAAGCCACAUUUUCCAUUUGAAUAAUGCUUGAUGUUGCCUUCUGAUUUUCUUCUGUUCCUUGGUUGGGCAGCAGCAGCCAUAAUUUAUACCACCUUUCAGAUGACAAAUGGUGAAUAUUGUUAGUCUGUAUGCUCUCACGGUUUAUAUGCAUCUUAACCUUUGAUGGAGCAAAUCUCUUAAAAUGUUGAUGUGCAUCUUAGGGUUACCUUCAAAUCCGAGAAGCAAGCAUAGGAGGGCAUACUGGUUCUUUUAAAAGGCUUUCAAAAACUUUGAAAACUGGGACUUCCCUCUCGGGGAUCCCCUCCCACAACAGUGUGGGAGCUCACUUGCUCUCUCUCUGUCUGCCUAAACAAAUCAUUUUCUACAAAAAAAAAAAAAAAAAAAAAAAAGAAAACCAAGACAAUUUGAAAAAAUCUAGACAGAGUUAAAGAAUAAACAUACAUUAACUCUAAAGAAAUCUCUUUAAAGGAAACUAUUUUAAAUAAUGCAAAUUUGAAAAUACAUAUAGGUGUCUCUUUUUUAACUGAAGAAAAUGUUCUUCAACAAGAAUUCCUCAUAAGCCCUUGAGUUCUUACAUUUUCUGUACCAGUUUAUUUUAACCCCAUUAUGUCCAGGGCCAGUAACACCAUGUGAUCUUUAUGCAUACCAAUAUUGACUUUUUGGCCAUCUUUUCUUUACUUCUCUAAGGUUUUGUAAGGAUCUUCAAGAAAAAGAUAUCAGUUAACACCUCUAGAUUCUUUUAGCCAAAAUCCUGCCACUGAAGCAUAAAACCGUCUCACAGUUGGUGGUUGUAAAAUCCUGUUUCUGUUGUUCACUAAUUUUAAAACAAGUGACUUUAAGCUCAUUUCUUCUGCUCUCUAACUAAAAUUAGGUUUUUUAAAACAGUGAUAAUUAAUAAUCUUUCAGUUAUUCCUGACAAUAUUAUUUAUUAGCUUUUGCUCUGAACUAAUUUCUAUUUUAUUUUCCCAUAUAAUAGAAGUGUAAAUUGAAAAUAAGCUGAUUCUAUUACAUUAUUGUGUCUGGAUGAAGAUUACCUUUUAUAUUGUUAGCUUUCUGAACAAUUCUUUGAAGCAAAGCUUAUGUAAUCAGUAACAAAACAGAAUGCCAUGCUUUUAUCAAAAUGAAUGAGAUGGAAUAGAUCUGUCUAUGCACAAGAUCUUUAGAUAAGGAAAGCUCUGGCUCUAAGGAUUUUAAGCACUGUAACUUCUAUAUAAAAUGUCUUCUGCUGCUUUGUUAAUACAUAAUUGGCAACUACGUAAGGCUAUGUAGGUGAGAAAUCAAUCUAUGAGGACUUUGAUUUUUCAGUCUUAUUUAAAAGUCCUUCCUUCCAUCCACUCUUUGUGUGCAUGUCUCUGUGUUAGAGGUGUGGGCAAAGUAAGAAAAGGAAAAGCAAAUUCAGUUGUGUGGAGUCAUCCAGAGACAACCAUUGUUAGUAUCUGUGUGACUUUGGUAAAGUUGCUCUCUCACCUUGUGUCUCAAUUUGCUUAUCUGUGAAUUAGAGAUAAAGAUACAUACUUUGUAAGACUUUUGCCACAUUUAAAAGGGGUAACUAAUUUAUCAUACUUGGAAAAGUGUAUGGUAGGCACAUGAUAAGUCCUCAAAGGCAAACAUACCCACAUAACUUUUUCUCCUUUUACAAAAAUGUAUAAUGUUUUGGACUUGCUCCACAUAGUUCUUUGGUUAUCUGGAUAAAUAGGAGAAAGUCUGUGGACAGGCCACGUCAGAAGCAACCCAUGUUGUCCAGUCUAACACACUCAUGUUUUCAGGUGGCAGUAGUUUACAAUGGCCCUUGUUGCUUCCAGUUUUGAGUUUUCUGGGGAGCAGUGUUAUAGCAUGAAUCUCUGGCCUGGUUGGUGCUGAGGUUAUGGGAAGACCCAAGUGCUUCUACAAUAAGACUUGCUUACUACAGUCCUCCAUAAACCACCAAUCUGUAAUGAUCCAUUUAAGAGCUCAGGUCUAAACUGUUAAGGUAGAAGCUCCAGUGGUAGAAGGAAGUAGCCUCUUCAGCUUCCCGUUCCUUAAGUGUCUUUUAUGUUCCUAGGCUGGCCAUGGUGCAUUUCCUCGGAAUAGGUAUGCUAUGGAGGUGGAUGUGAUGGUGGUGACACCUUUUGGCUGUUGAGAAUCCUACACAUGUGCCAUUUAUUCAGAGAAACAGAUUUGCAAGUGUGUUGUAAAGCAGCUUGGACACUCUAAUAGUCCUUGCCUGUUACUGUGAUCCUGUUUUCUCUUAAGAGUGUUUAACUCUUGUUUUCAGGUCUUGGGACCUAACCCUCUUUAUUCCAUCUUCUCUAAUACUACUCCAUUUGAAGUGGGAGCGUAUUUUCACUGACUCCUUGAGUUCUUAGGAACUAGCACAGUUUUGUGGUUUAUGAUUACUUAAUUAAUUCGGUUAACUUUUGCUAUCUUUAAGCCAUGGGUUUAAACGGGUGAAAAUUAGAGUCACCUGGGAGUUUAAAUAACAUAUGUGUCUGAGGUCUCUUCCCUGGAAAUUAGAGGUAAAAGUAUACAUUUCAGGUAGGGCCUGAGCAAAUUUGUGUUACAAAAAGUCUUUUCAGGUGAUUAUGAUAGGCUUACCUGAUUAAAAACUGCUCCUUUAAAAUAUUGUCUAUACUAUUUAAAUAAAAUGUGCUUGGUAAUCACAUUCUCUUGUCUCAGUGAGUCAGUCACAAACAGAACUUUAAGAAAUUACCUCUGACUCAUGAACGUGAGUCUGUAGCAGUAAAUAUUCUCUGAAGUGGGAGUGGCUGCAGAAAAGUAUAUUUCUUGGAUUCAAAGACACAUAUUUUUCAUGUUACUAAAAUUCAGCUGUGACUUAUAAACAAUAUGUAUAUUUACAGUGCUAUUGUCUUUCCACCCAAGACUAUUACUAAAAUAAUACUGAUGUGUCUUAAAACCAGUGACAUCUUUGAAUCAAGGAAAUGUAGCAUUUUAUCAUGUGACUGUACUCUAAAUUUCUUAUUUGUGGGCAUUCAGGUUAUUUAUAAUUUUUUGUAUUCAUGCUCGGAUCCUAGAAUUUUUCCCUUAGGAUAAGUUUCUAGAAGUGAAACUGCUUGGUUAAAUAUGUGCAAAUUUUAAGGCUUUUGAUAACACCAACUUUCUUAGAACUCUUUUAGGGGGUAUCUGCUGCUUUGGCUUACAUUUAUUUUCUUUGUUUUUCUGUUACUAACUCUAGUUCAGUAAAAUGAUGAAUUUAAUUCAAGUUCUUCUUUGUCUCUAAUAGGCUUUUUGAUAACCACUUUUAUUUCACUGCCACUUUGUCAUGACUAGUUAGCAGCUUUGAAGAAACUAGCCAUCAUUCCCUAUUGUAUGUUCUUCACUCUAUUUUGGAGACAUCAUAAUAUAAAAAUUUCUUUUGUUCUUACAAUUCUUUAUUUCACACAGUUAACAUCACUCUUCAUCAUCAAAGACUGAAUGUAUUCCCCUUAAGCUUAGCAGUAAGGGUGUCUGCUCCCACCACUUCUACUCAACACUGUAUUGAAGGGAUUUGUCUUGGCUGUUACUAUGAUGCGGGAAGCAAUUGACGAAUUUCGGCGUUUUCAGCGUGACAAGGAAGUGAAUUCCCAGCUAUAUAGCAAGCUUACAGUAAGAGGUAAAGUGCAGGUUAAGAGUUCAGACAUACAAGUUGGAGACCUCAUCAUAGUGGAAAAGAAUCAAAGAAUUCCAUCGGACAUGGUGUUUCUUAGGACUUCAGAAAAAGCAGGUUCGUGUUUUAUUCGAACUGAUCAACUAGAUGGUGAAACUGACUGGAAGCUGAAGGUGGCGGUGAGCUGCACACAACGGCUGCCGGCUCUUGGGGACCUUUUUUCUAUCAGUGCUUACGUUUAUGCGCAGAAACCACAACUGGAUAUUCACAGUUUUGAAGGCACAUUUACCAGGGAAGACAGUGACCCGCCCAUUCAUGAAAGUCUCAGCAUAGAAAAUACAUUGUGGGCAAGCACCAUUGUCGCAUCAGGUACUGUAAUAGGUGUUGUCAUUUAUACUGGAAAAGAGACUCGAAGUGUAAUGAACACAUCCAGUCCAAAAAAUAAGGUUGGUUUAUUGGACCUUGAACUCAACCGGCUGACGAAAGCACUAUUUUUGGCUUUAGUGGCUCUUUCCGUUGUUAUGGUAACCUUACAAGGAUUUGUGGGUCCAUGGUACCGCAAUCUUUUUCGGUUCCUUCUCCUCUUUUCUUACAUCAUUCCCAUAAGUUUGCGUGUGAACUUGGACAUGGGCAAAGCGGUGUACGGGUGGAUGAUGAUGAAGGACGAGAACAUCCCUGGCACAGUCGUCCGGACCAGCACUAUCCCGGAGGAACUGGGGCGCCUGGUAUAUUUACUGACAGACAAAACAGGAACCCUCACCCAGAAUGAGAUGGUAUUCAAGCGGCUCCACCUGGGCACUGUGUCCUAUGGAGCGGACACGAUGGAUGAGAUCCAGAGCCACAUCAGGGACUCCUACUCACAGAUGCAUUCUCAAGCUGGUGGAAACAGCGCCAGUUCAACUCCACCAAGAAAAGCCCAAUCUUCAGCUCCCAAAGUCAGGAAAAGUGUCAGCAGUCGAAUCCAUGAAGCCGUGAAAGCCAUAGUGCUGUGCCACAACGUGACCCCUGUAUAUGAGUCUCGAGCUGGCGUUUCUGGGGAGACUGAAUUCGCAGAGGCUGACCAAGACUUCAGUGAUGAGAACCGCACCUACCAGGCUUCCAGCCCCGAUGAGGUCGCUCUGGUGCAGUGGACAGAGAGUGUGGGCCUCACGCUGGUCAGCAGGGACCUCACCUCUAUGCAGCUGAAGACCCCUGGUGGCCAGGUCCUCAGCUUCUGCAUCCUGCAGCUGUUCCCCUUCACGUCCGAGAGCAAGCGGAUGGGCAUCAUUGUGAGGGAUGAAUCCACAGCAGAAAUCACGUUUUACAUGAAGGGCGCUGAUGUGGCCAUGUCCACCAUCGUGCAGUACAAUGACUGGCUGGAAGAGGAGUGUGGAAACAUGGCACGCGAAGGACUGCGGACCCUCGUGGUUGCAAAGAAGUCACUGACAGAAGAGCAGUACCAGGACUUUGAGAGCCGGUACACUCAAGCCAAGCUGAGCAUGCACGACAGGACCCUCAAGGUGGCUGCAGUAAUCGAGAGCCUGGAGAGGGAGAUGGAGCUGCUGUGCCUCACAGGCGUGGAGGACCAGCUGCAGGCAGACGUGCGGCCCACGCUGGAGAUGCUGCGCAAUGCUGGGAUCAAGGUAUGGAUGCUAACGGGCGACAAACUGGAGACAGCCACUUGUGUGGCCCAGAGCUCACGCCUGGUGCCUCGGACACAGGACACUCAUAUCUUCAGACGGGUAACCAGUCGGGGAGAGGCGCAUUUGGAGCUGAAUGCAUUUAGAAGGAAACAUGAUUGUGCCUUGGUUAUAUCUGGGGAGUCUCUGGAGGUUUGUCUAAAGUAUUACGAGCACGAAUUUAUGGAGCUGGCCUGCCAGUGCCCCGCUGUGGUGUGCUGCCGCUGCUCGCCCACCCAGAAGGCCUGCAUUGUGACACUGCUACAGCAGCACACGGGGAGACGCACCUGCGCCAUCGGUGAUGGAGGAAAUGAUGUAAGCAUGAUUCAGGCAGCAGACUGUGGGAUUGGGAUUGAGGGAAAGGAGGGGAGGCAGGCCUCACUGGCGGCCGACUUCUCUGUCACGCAGUUCCGGCACAUCGGCAGGCUGCUCAUGGUGCACGGGCGGAACAGCUACAAGAGGUCGGCGGCACUCGGCCAGUUCGUCAUGCACAGGGGCCUCAUCAUCUCCACCAUGCAGGCUGUGUUUUCCUCGGUCUUCUACUUCGCAUCCGUCCCUUUGUACCAGGGCUUCCUCAUGGUGGGGUAUGCGACCAUAUACACCAUGUUCCCCGUGUUCUCCUUAGUGCUGGACCAGGAUGUGAAGCCAGAGAUGGCGAUGCUGUACCCGGAGCUGUACAAGGACCUCACCAAGGGAAGAUCCUUGUCCUUCAAGACCUUCCUCAUCUGGGUGUUGAUCAGUAUUUACCAAGGUGGCAUCCUCAUGUACGGGGCCCUGGUGCUCUUCGAGUCCGAGUUCGUCCACGUGGUGGCCAUCUCCUUCACCGCGCUGGUGCUGACCGAGCUGCUGAUGGUGGCGCUGACCAUCCGCACAUGGCACUGGUUGAUGGUGGUGGCCGAGUUCCUCAGUCUGGGCUGCUAUGUGUCCUCACUCGCUUUUCUCAAUGAAUAUUUUGGUAUAGGCAGAGUAUCUUUCGGAGCUUUCAUAGAUUUUACCUUUAUCACCACUGUGACCUUCCUGUGGAAAGUGUCGGCCAUCACCGUAGUCAGCUGCCUCCCACUCUAUGUCCUCAAGUACCUGAGGCGCAAGCUCUCUCCUCCCAGCUACUGCAAGCUGACCUCGUAAGGGGCCGUGCACCCCCAGCAGGCUGGCCGCGGCACCACCGCCCUUUCCAGUGAUCAGAGCGUUUGCAAUUGCUACUAAGCGAGUGCCGCAAGAAAGGGAGGGCACGCUGGGCGAGCCCAGCCCACGGGUGCUGGGACGGGCUCUCCCUCUCAGUGUGGGGCAUCACCCCUGCCAGGCGAGCCCAGAGGCUGGGACGGGCUCUCUCAUCUCAGUAUGGGGUGUCCCCCCUGCCAGGCGAGCCCAGGGCCCAGAUGCUGGGACAGGUGCUCCCUCUCAGAGCCGGUCUUCACCCCUGCUUGCGUUUUUCUUUUGUAUUGUUUCUCAAAAUUUUAUUUCUAUAUUGAAGCAGCUUGUUUCUACUGAAAACGAGCCCUAAUUAUUUCACUCUUACUUUGAAAGGUUUGUCUUCCUCCGGCAUUCUGAGGGUUAGAAUGGAAGUUUAAUGUCUGCAAUUCCCUAACAUUCACAUUCUUUCUUUGAUGUUAAAACAAAGUCAUUCCUGCUCAAAUGGAAUAAAAAGGAGGCUCCACGAAGCCCGUGUCCACAUGAGCUGCAGCUCUGGCUCAGACGGGCUGCCCUUGGCUAAGACACGCUCGCUUUAUACUCGCAUUUCCUCAGCAGAGACACUCAUGUUACUGACUCCUCACACAGAGCUUUCUCACACACUCUAGGCACAUGGUACAAACGCGUUUCCAAGCAUCACUCCAUUGCAGCCCCCAGGAAAUCCUCGCCCAGAGGCUUCUGCCACCACAGGCCUUUCCUGUCCUUUUCAGAUUCGUAAAACCCCACUCGAGCACCAUUUCUAGAUGUAGAAGCAGCUGCCCUGUGAAGCUCACUUCCCCUAAGAGGGCCCAGCCUCCUGGAACAGGUUUCCUCGUUGGCGUGGCCGAGAGCAUGCCCUGAUGGAGAAAGCCUGUGGAAAGCCUCUGGUCUCAGCCCGACCCCAUGCUUCUGUGAGGUUUGGAAGGCCUCUGGGCCAGGCAUUAGUUUUCUCUGCUGUGUCCUUCACCGGGGGUGCUCCUGGAAAGCUGUGUGUGUGCCGUCACCUGCAGCAGCACCUGUGCCUGGAGGUCUCUGUCUCACAGGAGAGCUCCUCCGUGUUUUCUGGGCGCCACAGUCUCUGUGCCGGGAAUUUCAUGUCUUCAUGUUCUACAGCGUUGCUUCUUGUCAAGGUGGGCCCCAGCGCCUGAAUCCUGGCUGAGCUGUGUGCCUGGGGCCCCAGGGGAGUUUCACCAACCAGCUAAGGGGCUGCCCCACACCCACCCACCAUCCCCCACAGCUUUUUUCGCCCCCAAGAAAGCAAUAAAGCUGCUUUUUUUCCCCA